AUGGCAUCUUCAGUCGCACCCGUACAAGCUUGUCUUCAUCCUGCUCUAUCUCUACAACCUGGGAGGGAUAAUCCGGGAAGAAAUUCGCAACCGCAGAAUAGCCAAGGUCAGACUCGCGCGCAGAUCUUGCGGCAGCUUCACGGGCAGGACGUUCGCAUCCCAGACGUCGGGAAAAUGAUGGCAGACUGGCCCAGAGUCCAGAACAUGCAUUUGGAAGACGUCAACUCCCGAAUCCUCGAGAUUAUUGAGACACAUGCUAUUAAUGACACUGUUCGCAUGCGCCUUACCAAGGCCAUGCUCUCAUCUCAGCUGGCCGGCUGGUACCCGUACGCCUCAUGCGAACGCAUCAAGGCUCUCACGUCGUUCCAGGCCUGGAUGUUCAUCAUCGACGACAUGCUCGACCAGUAUUCGAUCGUGGAGAAGUUUGACUUUGAGUCCUUGCACGUCUUGUUGGCGGACUGUCGCGACUUUGUUGAGCGUAGCCUCGACGUUGCCAACACCAUGGAGAAGGCCCCGUUGCGAUACAAAGAGCACGACGCGGUUGUGUCGUUUUACGAAUACGCCCAAGCCGUUUGCAAGUCUUACAGCGACAACCGCCCGUACCGCGCGCGCAUUGCGAAGGAAGCAGUCGCGACUCUGGACGGGUACCAGCAGGAGGCCCUCAACCGCUACGCGGGCCGCAUUCCCACCCUUGAAGAAUAUCUCGGUUACCGCCAAGCGUCCUCCUGCAUCAUGCAGGUUGCGGUGAACCUCGAGUUCGCCAACGGCAUCAGCCUGCCCGAAGAGGUAAUGGAGUCGGAGGAGAUGCGGGAGCUUUACCGUGCGGCUGUUGCCGUCGUCUGGAUUGUCAACGACAUCGUGAGCCUGCGCAAGGAAAUCAGAGAGGGCUUUGUGGAGAACCUCGUCGUGCUGCUCUCGCAAGGCGAUAUUCAAAAGGGAAUUGAUGGGGCCGUUGCUAGGCUGGAACGAGAGGUUGCCGCGGUUAACGAGGCGUCUGAAGCUGCCGAGAGACGCUUCGCUGACACGCCACACAAGCAUCACGUCUCAACACUUUCUAGGAACUGCAAGAACAUGUGUAUGGCCAACUGGCUUUGGAGCAUGAGGACACCGCGAUACUGCCUGUGGGAUAUCAAGCCAGACGCCGCUGGAGGGUAUAACUGGACCGUCGACCUCGAAGUUUAG